GGCGAAAGAAAACAAUAAGGGUGCUCAGCUUAAUUUAAAGUAAUAGAAGGAACUCAUACAAAGCAAUGGAAGGUGAUUGCAAGGUUCUGCUUGACACUACUGUUGACACAGAAGCCAGGAAAGAAACAACACAGAGUGUCAAACUCAGCUCAAAGCUCAGCACUACCCUGCUGAUGUUCACACUCUGCCUUGCUGCUGCUGCUGCUACCGGUGUCCUUGUCUUCAACAGGCAUACCAAGGACCGAGGACAAAAUGAAGACAAUAUAGAUCUUCAUCACACAUUGAGGCAAAUUUCAAAUGUAAGAGCAGCCAUUCAUUUACAAGGAAAAUACAACCCUGACAUCAAGAACUCAGUGGAAUGGAGGAAUCAUGUGGACCAGUCCCACUCACAAGGAGGGCUGGAACUCGACAACAAUGAAAUUGUGAUUCCUCGAAAUGGUCUCUACUUUAUUUACAGUCAAGCAUCAUUCCGUGUUGUGUGUGGAAGCAGUGAUGCUGAUGACAUCAUUUCAAAGCCUAUGGUCCACUUGAGCCACACUGUGAAGCGCUGGUCCACCACCUAUGGGAAUGAUGACACCAAGGAGUCAUACGAGACCAUCCUGCAUUCUGUCCGCACAGCUUGCCAAAAAACAGCUAACAGCAGUCCAGUUCAGGAGGGCAGCUGGUUCUCUGCUGUGUACAUGGGAGCUGUGUUCAACCUGAGCAAGGGGGACAGACUGAAGACAGAGAUGGAAGAGAAGAUGUUGUCCAAUUUGGAGGACGAGCAAGGGAAGACUUUCUUUGGUGUGUUUGCCUUGUGAGUACAGGUGACUCAGGGCAUUAGGUGAAGAUAUGUACAUCAAGAACAGUUAUCAGGCUCCGUAGUGGCUGCAUUUUGAGGCAUGCAGCUGAUGACCCCACCUAAACUCAUGUAUGUUGAAUGUAAGUUGCCCUCAGAGGGUUUACAAUGCAAACCACUCUAUAUGACUUUUAGUAUAGAAUUUACAGUCAAAGUUAGAUGAAUGCGUUAGUAAGUUAAUUUUGCAUGUAAAACAACGUAGCAAUGAACAAAAGAACUCGCUGUUGAAUAAUGUAUUACCAUGUACAUUUCUGUGGGUCUAAAAUAUUAUGUACUAUGUAUUUUCCUCUUAGUGUCAGUACCUUUUGUUGUACUCCAGUUCUUAAUCUCUACUGUUUUUAACAUUUGUACAAAGGCUGUUUAUUUAUUGUGUUACUACAAACUGAUAAAAAUGGAUUUUAGAAGAUGUAUUUAUUCAA